UCUCUCUCUCUAACCUACACCGUAAUUUAAUUAAGCUUUAAAUAAAACCCAUCUUCUCUCCCAUCAUUUCUCCCCUUAUAUAUUUUGCUCUUUCUGCAUCAAUCUCCUCACCACCUUUCCCCCAUCCAUCCCCCUCACUUACCUUGUUUUUCUAUUCUUCAAGAAAAGGAGUUUGUUCCUCAGGGUUUCAGCCUAGCCUGGUCCAAACCAGCCUUGUAAGAAAACCAAAACAGAGCCUCUCUUUUCUCCUCCUACUUCCGUCCUGCCCAAGGUUCCUUGACCUUCAAGGUAACUAACAUUCAAUCUUUUUUCGUCACCUCCCCAUGUUAUCAAUAUUUCAAUAGAAUUCAACUGUUAUAUAUAUUGAACUAACAUGUUUCAUUCAGGUUAAUUGUACGUGAGCAUACAAAAGAUGAAUCGCAGAAAUGGUCCCAAGGUUGAGCUGAAGCUGAACCUAUCACCACCAAGGCUUAAUCCAAGAGUGGAAUCACCAAGCCGAUCAGCUACAGUGUCACCGACAUCUCCUCCAAGCUCAUGUGUGUCAUCAGAGAUGAGCCUGGACGCUGACACUAAUUCUGUCAGAUAUCCAAGCAGCCCUGAGGCGACAUCCAUGGUUCUGGUAGGGUGCCCAAGGUGCCUGAUGUAUGUGAUGCUUUCAGAGGAUGAACCUAAAUGCCCCAAAUGCAAGAGCACCGUUUUGCUUGAUUUCCUCCACGAUACUGCUACCACUGACUCUACCAAGACAAGAAAGAGUUAGACUAGGAACCCCUCCAUCCUCCCCACCUUGGCCUUUUGCUAAUUUUAAUGUUGGCUGUUAGGACUUUAAUGUUAUAGCUCCCUUCCUUAAAUUUUACCCUUAGUUUUCACAGAUAGUGCUAUUUGCCCUCCACUUUUUUUCUCUUUAAUUUUUUCUUUAUAAACUCCUUCGGAGAGCAAAAGUUAGUGAUAAAAAAAAAGGUGGGGAUAGAGCAUAGAAUAUGGUCGUUUAUGGUAGUGGGUGUCUCUGUUUUGGUCUGGUUUUGGGGUUUCUUCCCCUUUAGCAGAAGACAAUGUAAAC